AUGGCGUCGGGGUUGGCCCAAAAAUAUGAAAUAAAUGCCGACAUAGGGGAGGGCUUCGGGCGGUGGAGGAUGGGCCCCGACGAGGAGCUGAUACCGCUCAUUGACGCCGCAAACGUCGCCUGCGGAUUUCACGCCGGCGACCCGUCCAUCAUGCUCAAGACGGUCCGCCUCUGCAAAAAACACAACGUCAGGGUGGGCGCGCACCCCGGGCUGCAAGAUCUCUUCGGCUUCGGUCGGAGGAAGAUUGAAGUCGACCCCGGAGACAUGUGUGCCAUGGUUCUCUACCAGGUCGGCGCUCUCAAGGCCAUGCUGGACGCAGAGGGCCUCGAACUGUCGCACGUCAAGCCGCACGGCGAAUUGUUCUUUUACAUGCAGAGAGACCGGGAGAUAAUGAGGGCGGUUUUGGAAGCCUGCGCUCCGUUCCGGGUCCCCGUCUAUGCCUGCCAAAACCCAGAACAAGAGGCCAUGUGUGCCGAGAUGGGCAUCGCCUUUCAGGGCGAGCUAUAUGUCGACAUUGACUAUUCGCCAGAGGGAAGGCUUGUUCCCGUGUCGCAGUCUCACCCCGUCACGCCGGAGUUAUGUUACGGGCGCGUUGUCGCUGCGACCACGGCCGACACUGGCAGGGACAUUGAUGGGACGCAGUUCACAUUCGGGUUUCAAGGCAAGCCCUUUAGCAUCUGCCUACACUCUGACGCACCAACCGUGUUACAGAACGCCAGGAUGGUGCGCAGGGCCGUUGAUGAAGUGAACAAAGUCAAGUUUUCUGUGGGACUGAAUUAG